AUGAGGUGUUGGAACAGUACAUUGUGCAUUGAUACAUCAAAAUUAUGUAAUGGUAGAAUUGAUUGUCAGCCUUAUGGUGAUGACGAAGAAAUACUUUGUCCCUGGUUAGAUGAAUAUCCAGUAACGGUUUGGGCAAAUGAAUAUACACUAUAUACAUGCAAAAAUGGUAAAUUGUUUGGUCGACGUUGCCAGAUGCAAGCAGAUUUACCUGAUUUUAUAUUUGAAGACCUUCAUUGUAAAGAUUUAGAAGACUUAAUGCUCUGUGAUCUUAAUGACAAAACUACAACAAAAUAUUUUUCAACAUCAGAUUUUAUAGAAUAUCCACUAAUAAUUAAUUCGUAUAAUCCGAAAGCUGCUAUUGAAAACAACACAAAUAAUAAUAAAAACAAUUCAACAACUUUAAUAAUAAAUUCAUUAUUAGAUAUAGCUAAUUUAACAUGGUAUUGUAAUCGCGGUAUAAUAGUUUUAACACACCCACUAGCGGCACCAUCAUCAUCAAAUCGUUUAUGUCUUUGUCCUCCACCUUAUUAUGGCGAUCGUUGUCAGUAUCAAUCAGAUCGUUUAAAUGUAUUUUUAAGUAUUUAUAAGCCAACAGCGUUUGAGGGUAGUCUUGUUUUUAAAAUACUGAUAUUUUUACUGGAUGAUCAAAAUAGAAUUCAAUCAUCAGAAGAGC